AUGCCAAUUCAUUUCUCUCUCUCGCCUAUCUCCCUCUCCCGUUUGUCACUGUUCAGCCUGAGGACGAAGGAGAGAACUCCGCCGGAAUUGCUCAGAUCUUCAUCUCUCAACCUCGAUCCCAUCUCAGAUUUCUUCAGCCAGAGGAUUCGACUGCCACGAAGGAAAAAGAAUUGUUUAGAAAAGAGAAGGGAGAGCGCCAG